AUGGCCCCUAUUCGCAACUGCGUCCUCCCGCCACCAGUGCUUCAGAGCGGCGACGAGGACGCGGAUGGUCCGCACCGCCGCGCGGAUGGCGAGAUGACUCGAGCGAUAUGGCGAGGCACGGACGUCUACAGAUCGCACGUCGCGUGUCCACGCGACCGCGGACUACUGAUUCUCAACGAGCUACCGCUGGUCGCCCGCCUUGCUCAGUCUGCGCGGCUGCGGCAACGGUCCCUUGCGCUGGACACUGUUAGCUCGGUCAGCUCGCCAGCACUCUCGCCAUCAUCUAGACCGUUUGGCACGAUCAGCUAA